UAUUCGUCUACUUGGCCGCACUGCCCACGAGGGCGUUACCACCACGGCGCAGCUGAACCGCGGCUAAACUUCACCUACGCCCGCUAUCGCCAUCGACUCUCUAGGGAAAGGAAAUCUUCGGAUUGGCUUGCAGCUCCAAGUCGACAACGAGAAACGCGUGAUGCGAUUCGACAUCGUCGACUCCUCAACGCCAUUCUCUCAAACCAGGUGGAUGAUGGGUCUAUAAAACGGGGGGAACCCCCGGCAAUGAGAUAACUUUUCAUCGAAAAAACAGCAGCUUUUAUCUCACCCUCUCAACUACACAAUCCGAAACCCUCAGACACCUUCGUCUACCAUCAAAUCUUCAAUUGUUCACCAUGCCUGUCACCAAGGGAAACACCAUCACCAUCCCCAUCCAGUUCCUCAACGGCACUGAGGGCAACAAAGUCACCAUCCAGUGGCAACAGACCUUUCGGAACCGCCACGAAGACUACUGGAUCUGCAAGUGGACCAACAAGACCACCCCCGGCGACCAGGGCGUCAUCUUCGUGCAGGCCAGCAAGCUCGAGGAGCUGAAGUCGCGCAGAGUCGAGGGCGACGACCUCACCGUCGUCGUCAGCGACGAGUUCCAGUACGGUCAGAAAAAGGACCAGACCAACCGCUUCCUGGUCUACCACGACAAAUCCAACAAGCCCUAUCAGCACCGCUUCAUGGAAAACACCCUGACCUCCCUGGGUGCCAAGGGUGCCGACUUCAUAAGCAGCUUCGGAUACUCCGAUGUCUCCACGGUCGAGGAUAUUCUCAAGAACUUUAUCGGUGACUACCUUAAGGAUUUUUAGAGGCGCAACCUCCAGAGAAGCAAGAUGAUGGGUGGAUGUGUGGUGGAUGAGAUAGAGGAGGUGUUCUGCAAGGGGG